AUGCGAUUUUGUAGCAUAAUUAUUUUUAUUUUUGAAAUAGUAAAUACUAUUGUGGUAAAUAAUACAGCUUUUUUUCAUUAUCAUGAUAGUAUAAGACAAAAAAGAGGGAUUUUAAAUGAUAUGAGAUAUAUAUGGCGUGAAAAAGAAAUACCAUAUUAUGUAGAUUCUGUAUUAGAUCAUACUUUAAUUAAAACGGCACUUAAAAGAAUAUCAAAAGAAACAUGCUUAAUAUUUAGACACAAAUCACAAAAAAAUAAAGCCUUAUUUAUUUAUUUACCUGGUAAAUAUUAUGAAACAAAUUUAGGAAGAAGAAGAGAAAUUCCUCAUAAAAUUUUUAUACAAUUAUUUCCACCUAAUAUAGGAAAAGUUAUUCGAGAAACAAUGCGUGCAUUGGGUGUUGAAUAUGAACAUAAUAGAUUUGAUAGAGUUCGUUAUGUAAUUGUUAAAAUGGAAAAUAUUCAACCUUUCUUUUUUAAAUAUUUCUCUCAAGAGAAUGCGUUUUUUUCAACUAAUUAUGAUAUAGAAUAUGAUUAUAGAUCAAUAAUGCAUUUUUCACAAUAUGAAUAUACAAGAACAUUACAAAAAGUUAUCAUAUCAAAAGAUCAUUUAAUGCAACCAUUUAUGGGUAAAUCUAAAUAUCUUACUUUUAAUGAUGCUAAACUUUUAAAUAAAAAAUAUUGCUCAUUUCCAUUUAUAAAUCAUUUACCAUGUUUUUUCAAAGGAUAUCAAGAUCCACGAGUACCCAAUAGAUGUAAAUGUGUAUCAUCUUUUACUGGUAAUCAUUGUGAAUUAAUUAGACCAAAUGAUCCACAAUGUACACAAAUACAUGCUUUUUUUGCAAGAGAAAGGCAAGCAACAAAAACGGUUCAAGUAGGAGGAAGAUGUGUCUAUAUUAUAAGUACUGAUAGAGAAGCUAAAAUUGAGGUUAAUUUAAAAUUUCUUAGCAUUGGAAAUAUAGACAGAAGAUCAUGUAAUGAAGAAAAUAGUAUCGAAGUUAAAUAUAAAAAUGAUAUUUCUUUAAGUGGAUUUUUGUUUUGUCCUUAUAAAAAUGAACUUAAUUUUACAUCCAUGAUUCAUAUAAUUACAAUUGUUUCAAAUUUUCCAAAUACAGAUAUUCAGCUUCAAAUAAGUUUUAGAAAAAUUAUAAUAACAAAUUAA